GAGGUCAGACCAGAUAAUAGCCGAUAGGGGGCGCAGCUCGUAACAUCCAGUCAUUGUUUAUUUCAAAAUGACUGAAAACAGCGCGUCACCGGAGGAUCCCUGGCUCAAACAGACGGACGGCGCCUUCAGCGACAACGGCUUCGAUCACAGUUUCUUUGCCGAGAGUGCUCGCAAAGGAAGUUUGGUGUCAAGAGCCAACAGCAUCGGAUCCACAAGUGCCUCUUCAGUACCAAACACAGACGAUGAAGACAGUGAUAACAGACAUGAGACACCCUAUAAGGAGUCGUAUAAAGACCGGAGGAGACAGGCGCACACACAGGCAGAGCAGAAACGCAGAGAUGCCAUCAAGAAAGGCUAUGAUGACUUGCAGACUAUAGUGCCUACAUGCCAGCAGCAGUCUGACUUUGCCAUGGCCACACAGAAGAUAAGUAAAGCUACAGUCCUGCAGAAGACAAUCGACUACAUUCAGUUUCUCCACAAAGAAAAGAAGAAGCAGGAAGAGGAUGUUUCCACACUUAGGAAGGAGGUGAUGGCGCUGAAAAUUAUGAAAACGAACUAUGAGCACAUUGUGAAGGCCCAUCAGAAUAACCCUCAGCAGGGCAGCGAGCAGGUUUCAGAUCAGGUGAAGUUCAGUGUGUUUCAGAGCAUCAUGGACUCUCUGUUCCAGUCCUUCAGUGCCUCAGUGUCGGUCAACAGCUUUCAGGAGCUCUCUGCCUGCGUCUUCAGCUGGAUCGAGGAACACUGCAAGCCCCAGACGCUGAGGGAGUUUGUGGUGACCGUGCUGCAGCAAAUGAAUGGUCAGCUGUACUGAAGCUGUCAGUCUGUAUGUUUGUCCGUCUCUCAGGCUAAUAUCUCAUUCAAGAACAGUCUCUCUUUCACACACACACACACACACACACACACACACAUACACACACUAUGCAGCAGGGUAUCAGCACACUAAUGGACUGGGGUGCGUUCAAGAACUCUAAAGAGAUGAAGUAGCGCUAAUUUAUUCCAAUCAGUCAUUUUAUUACUAAUAAUUUGGAAAGUGAUAAUCUGAUCCAAGAUGUUUGCGAUUGCAUAUUGUUUCCUCAAACACCUUCAGCUGGUUUAGAAAUGAAAGAAUGUGUAAGUUCUGUUUAGUCGAUGUUUUCGAACACACCUCAGUCCUGAAGUUUAAUAAUUUCUUUUUGUUUAGUCUAAAACCAGAAGAGUUUCAUCAGUAUUCAUAUUUUCAAAAGUUUGCAGUUGUGAUGCUAAGAUAAAAUAGCAUCUUGAGAACCACAAAUAUGAGGAAUACUCAGCUGUCAGACAACUUCACCCCCCGUAUACUGAGGUGAGAGAUAUGUCUCAAUUUACUGCAUUUUAAACCAGACAGCUGCCUUUGAAUGAUUAAGCUUGGUGUGUUGCAUUCAGUUAUCAUCUUUACCUCAUGUUCAAAUCAUUUUCCAAAGCACAACUACAUUUUCACCUUUGCGAACAGCCUAGUGCUGGAAAGGGGAGCCGAGAGGUCUGGUUACACUGUGAUGUAUCACUGUCAGUUGGUUUUUACGUCCAGAAACAGCUGUCUGGCAUGCUUUAAUAUAAAGUUAGGCAAUGCUGAGCCAUCUUAGUUCCUCUUUGUCCUUGGGAUGCUGUGACCAAAGAUUGCAGUGUCUAUGCACAAAUAAUGGAAGAUAAACCUCUUUUUUGUCAUGUUAUGUCAGUUUUUGUUCAGCUUUGUGUAGCGCAAUAAUGUUUUAUUCUACAUUUAUGUAAAUGAUUUAAGCUCUUGUGAUCAGUAUGUUUUGUGCUGCAUAAGCUAUCAAUGAAGACACAGUCGCAUCCGUGCGUGGUUGCAGCUUCACAUGGUGUGACCGCCCAAUUCUAUUUAUAUUUUUAAUUAAUGUUAAUUAAGGCGUAAUGAAAAUUAGAAUCGAAGUGUACUCAGGACACAGAUUUUUAGGUAUUGAGAUCUUUUUUUAAAUAGCAGAUGAUAGUACAAUCAACUGUUUGACCUGUGCUGGAAUAAGGGACAUCUUUACAAGUUAAGCCAUACAGUGGAGCGAAUGCCAGCUCACAGAAACGAGGCUACAUUGUGCUGAACUACUAUACUAGACUCUGUGCUUCUGCAUUUCUGACUUCAACGGAAGAAUCUGGUGGAAAUAUUUUUGUAUCAGUAUAAUUUUUUUAAUUGAAAAAUAAACAAUGUUCAAACUUA